GAAAUGAUCGCGACGAGUGCGACUUCGUCUGUCGGCGUGUGUGUGUGUGUGUGUGUGAGCGCGCGCGUGUUCGUCGCUUACCGCAGUUGUUCAACACAACGCGCCGUGUCGUCGGGGCCCACUGCAAAACGCGCCCCGCACGCGACCACCGAACGACGGAACGCGACGCACCGGACCGCGGUACCUACCAACGCCGCCUCCGACCGAUACCGAGAAAAACGCUGAAAUAUUUUAAUCGAACACUAUCGAUCACGAAAAUAAUAUUAUUAUUAGGUAUAUUAUUAGUAGUAUUUAAUAUUUCGCCGGUUGCGCGUGACGACGAUGCGGUCUGGCUCGGCUGAGCUGCAGCGGCGGUGAGAUUUUUCCAGCAGACGUCGUCUCCGCGUACGAACCUUAACGAAGCGAGAGCGAUCCGUCGGACCGAGAUACGUCUUCGCACCCGAAAUGCUACACUCUUACGAACACAUCGUUGACUCUCAGCAGUCGUCGGUCGGAGACGAGCUUUAUAAUCUAACGCAAUUGGCCGAGGUUAGCAUCGUCUACUUCAGACAACAUACAGCCACGAUCAUCGACGGUCCGAAUGCUUAUGAAAAGGACAUUAAGAAAAACGAUGUUGAUGAUAACCACCAUAAUACAAUAAGUACGGAAAAGACGACGAAGAAAACGAACAACAACAAUAAGGAACGUCAGUGUCCGGAUUGUGGGAAAUGUUAUAGUACGUCUAGCAAUUUGGCUCGGCACCGACAGACCCACAGGUCUCUGGCCGACAUCAAAGCCAGGCACUGUCCCCACUGUGACAAGGUCUACGUAUCAAUACCAGCCUUUUCAAUGCACAUGCGAACACAUAGUCAGUCGUGCAAGUGUGGUAUUUGUGGUAAAUGCUUCUCCCGGCCAUGGCUGUUGCAAGGGCACAUUCGCACCCACACAGGUGAAAAACCUUACGAGUGUGAAAAAUGCCGUAAAGCAUUUGCGGAUAAGUCAAACUUGCGAGCUCAUCUACAAACCCAUUCUACAGAAAAACCACACGUCUGUCAAAAAUGCAAAAAGGCAUUUGCACUCAAAUCAUAUUUGUACAAACAUGAGGAAUCAGCUUGUGGUAAAAUUACAUUGUUGAACAACAAUAACAACAACGAUUAGGAACCCUUUUUUUUUAUUAGAUUUAAAAAUCAUAAGUUCUAAACAAUUGUGUUUUUUCUGUAUAUAUUUAUAUUAUGAGUUUUUCUUUACUAUAUAUUUCUUCUCAAACUGUUUGAAAAUAAGUUUUUUUGGUGACCACUUAACAUUUGUGCUAGAAAUGUAUAAUACAUGUUUAUAUUUAAGUACAAUUUAAAAUACUUGAACAAUUUUAACAAAUACUACAACAAUGAAAGUUUUCUUAUUUUAAACACAUUCAAUUACAAAAUAAUAGUAAUAAUAAAUAAAUAAUAAAUAAUACAAAAAUAAGGAAAAAAACAAGCUAAUACAAUAAUUUAAUUUUUAUAAAUAAGAUAUAAAACAUUUUGUUUUACAUAACAAAUAUCUGAGCAAUGAAUGUUUAUGAUUUUUAGGUAUUUAGAAAUGACCAGCAAAUUUUAUACAUAUAAAAUUAAUGUGUUUGGUUUACUUUGUUAUUGAUUGAUUUUUGGAUAGUGUAAUUUUGAGGUUAAACAGUAAGGUUUUGUAUGAUUAAAGAUAAAAAAUAGAAUAAAUAGCUCAGUUAUUAUUUAUAUCUUUUUUUUUAUAAAUUUGUUUAUAUGUUUUAAUAUUUAACAAAAAAAAUAGUAAUUAGUAUAUUUUAAGUAAAACUUUAGUAUAUAUAUUUAUACAUAUAUGUACGAUCGGACGAGUGCUACUAGUCACAUUUAUUAAUUUAUUUUUGUAUGCAACAGUUUGUUGGUUUAAAAAUAUUUAUUAAAUUUGUAAAUACAUACAUAGUAAUCAUAUGUAUGACUUUUAUAUUGUAGAAAAUAUAUUUUCAAAUUUCAAAUUUUUUAAA